AUGGGGAAGGUGGUCGUCGCGGAGGCCACGGCGCGGCAGGUGGCCUCCUUCGUCCUCGGCGCCGCCGCCGCGCUCACCGUCGUCAUGCUCGUCCAGUACCGGGCGCCGGCCGCGGGCCUCAGCCGCGCCAGGACGCCGGCCCACUUCUCCGGCUUGAGAUCAUCAUCCGACGACCAGCACCACCGCCGCAACGGGACGGCAGCGCGUGCCGUUCUUCAUCAUCCGUCGCCGUCCAUCGCCGGCAGUGCUGCCCGAGACGACGAUCAUCGCCGUCGUCCGGCGAACGCCACGACAAUCACAAAGCCCAGUUCUACCUCCACUGCUGCUGCUGCUCUAAGUCAUCUUCCCGGCACACAUCGGCAUGAAGAAAAGGGAGCGAAGGAGGAGCCGGCGGAGUUCCGGGGGCUGGCGGCGGCGGUGGCGCGAGCAGCGACGGACGACCGGACGGUGAUCAUCACGUGCGUGAACCAGGCCUGGGCGGCGCCGGGCUCCCUGCUGGACCUGUUCCUCGAGAGCUUCCGCAUCGGCGACGGCACGGCGCGGCUCCUCCCACACGUGCUGGUCGUGGCCAUGGACCCCGGUGCCCACGCGCGGUGCCUCGCCGUGCACCAGCACUGCUACCACUACACCAUCCCGGGGAUCAACAUCGACUUCGCCGCCCACAAGUACUUCCUCUCCAAGGACUACCUGGAGCUGGUGUGGAGCAAGCUGAAGCUGCAGCGCCGCAUCCUGGAGCUCGGCUACGGCUUCCUCUUCACCGACGUCGACAUCGUGUGGCUGCGCGACCCGUUCAAGCACGUCACGGCGUACGCUGACAUGACCGUGUCCAGCGACGUCUACUUCGGCGACCCCGACAACCUGGGCAACUUCCCCAACACGGGGUUCUUCCACGUGAAGCCCAACCCGCGGACCAUCGCCAUGACGAAGCUGUGGCACGGCGGUAGGGGCAAGUACCCGGGCGCCAACGAGCAGCCGGUGUUCAACAUGAUGAAGAAGCAGAUGGUGGCGGAGCUCGGGCUCCGGGUGCAGUACCUGAACCCGGCGUACGUCGGCGGGUUCUGCAGCUACGGGAAGGAUUUGGGGAAGAUCGUCACCAUGCACGCGAACUGCUGCGUGGGGAUUGGGAACAAGAUAAGGGACUUGAAGAACGUGCUGGGUGACUGGAGGAACUAUACCAGGAUGCCGCCAUGGGAGCGGCACCGGGCCAAGUGGACCGUGCCGGGCGCCUGCAUUCGAGCGGAAAAACAAGUUUGA